GCCUACUUUGUGACGUAGUAUCCGGUUUGACUUCCGUACAUUACUGCUUUCUUCCGUAAGGAAUUAUCCAUAGAAAUGUCUUCGGUUUCGGUUCUGCAGCGUGGAUAAUAACGCAUAUAUCAUCAAACCAUUUGUUUAACCCACGCACGGUCUAUUUGAACGUGCCGGAGACCAUGUUUAUUUUGGAAAAAGACAUGGAGCAUCUCCCGCAAGCCUACUCUUACUUUGACGACGAAGAGUUCUGCCAAAGUUUGCUGAAGGAUCUGCAAUCGUUCACCUCUCUCCCCGAGUCUCCCUCCAUCAAGACGGGCCUCCCCAAGGGCGACCGGCUGAGUUUCGUGUCAGACGUCCUCUUACAAGACGACGACAUGCAGCUCAGCUGGAACUGCAGCAUCGUUCAAUCAGAUGAUGACGAUUAUGACGACGACGGCGAUGAUGAUGACAGCGGGAGUCUCGGCUCCUCUUCCUCCUCUGAGGAGGAGGACGACGACAAAGAGAGCCGUGAGGAGAGCACUUUGCGUAACCCGGGCUCGGAGGAGAAGACGGCACCGUCUGCGUCAGACGACGUUGACGCCAACGUCUCCGAGGAGCCUGCUGGUUCUACACAGAACCGCCAUGACGUGACGGAGAGCCAGGAGACUGACGAAUUCACGUCCGACUACUACUCCACUGGAGACGAGUCGUCCAACCAAUCUGAAGAGGAGAUUGACGUGGUGACGGUGAAGCACGAGCCCGUCGGCCAGCAGCUGAUGAACGAGGAAAAGGAGGAGCUCGUCGGCCAACAGCUGAUAGACGAGGAGGAGUUGGCGGAGCAUCAUGCUCGUGUCAGUCACAUCUUUGAGAUUGAACAGAAGCACAACUACGCCGCACGGCCUCUGUGUUCCCCGCCGACUUCCGGGUUAAAAAAGUGGUCACACGUCCACAAGGCGUGGAUCACUGUUGACACCGAAGAAGAGGAGAAGGAGCGGCGUCAGACACACAACGUGCUGGAAAAGAAGCGACGGAAAAUGAUGACAAAGUGCUUCGGUCGUCUACGCGAUACCAUGCCAGAGUUGUACAGAAAUGACAAGGCGCCCAAAAUUCUCAUCCUGGAGCGGGCCAGAGACUUUAUCCGUGACCUGGAGGCGCAAGCCUACCGGCUGGGGACUGAGGAAAACACGCUGCGAGCCAGGCAGGAGGUGCUCAAAGGGCGCCUAAAGCAUAUCAAAAAGACGAUUGGCUGGUGAAAAGCGAAGGAGAAACUUUUGCACUUGUCAAUGCGCUAAGAGGACUGCUCAGGUUGACAAGUGACAUCCUGGUGGUGAAAUGUUGGCCUACUUACCGAUGUUUAAACAGACUACUGUGUUAGUAAGUUUUGUUUUUGUUUAGGUACUCUUUCACAGAGGAAGUUUUUUUGUUCAGACCAAAGUUUUUCGUCCCCGUAAAGAAAGGAGUACUAUAUAAGAAGGUUCCUAGAGAGGAUGGUUACUCAUAAGGAGAGUUAACUUUUCCGAAGUCGGUUCUUGAAUUUUUAUUGCCUGAGACUCUGUGGAUUAAAGUAAAAAAAAAAAAAAAAAUUUUUUUUUUGUUUUUAUUAACAUUGCCGGGGCAUAGACUUCAUAAUUAUAUUGACAGGACACGGGGCCAAUUAAUAAGGGGCCUGCAUUGUUGGUAUGGCCAUCAGAGCUGACCUAGUGGAAUCACUAAGGCUAGGUUCAUACUAGGGUUGUUCCGAUCAUGUUUUUUUACUCCCGAUCCGAUCGUUUUAGUUUGAGUAUCUGCCGAUUCCGAUAUUUCCCGAUACGAUUGCUUUUUUUUUGUUUUGCUCCCGAUUCAAUUCCAAUCAUUCCCGGUAAUUUUUCCCGAUCAUAUAGAUUUUGGCAGUGCAUUAAGAAAAAAAUGAAUAAAACUUGUACGAAUAUAUACAUUCAACAUACCGUACAUAAGUACUAGAGGCGUGCAAAAUUUUCGAUUCUUAGAUUAUUCGCGAUUCGGCCGUGGAAGAUUCGAGAACGAUUCACAAACAUCCAAAUUCCGAUUAUUGAAUUAUACCAGGUAAAGCGGAAAUAAAACUCAGUCAGCGCGGUCUUCGGGACGCAAUGAGGAACGGACCGAAAGUAAAUAUCAUGUGCAGCUAAUGCCGCUAGGUAAAAAAAAAAAAACAAUAAUACCUGACUGCGGCAGUCAGCCGCGACAAACAGCGUCCAGUUGCAACUUGCUACAAACAUACGGCUAUGGUAGAUAUCACAUAUAUCUAGACUAGAUGUGAAAUGACACUUUCCCGCGCUAGUAAACAGGCGCCAUCUUAAAGCAGUACACUUCUGUAGAAGACUCUGUUGUAAUGAUCUAAUGAUAAUAUAAUAUAUAAAUAAAUAAAUUAGGGCUGUCAAAAUUAUCGCGUUAACGGGCGUUAAUUUUUUAAUCACGUUAAAAUAUUUGACGCAAUUAACGCAGAUGCCCCGCUCAGACAGAUUUAAAUGACAGUUCAGUGAAACGCUCACUUGUGUUUUAUGGAGUUUUGCCGCCCUCUGCUGGCGCUUGGGUGCGACUGAUUUUAUAGGCUUCAGCACCCAUGACAUCAACAAUGGCGGGCUACUAGUUUAUUUUUUGAUUGAAAAUUUUACAAAUUUUAUUAAAACGAAAACAUUAAGAGGGGUUUUAAUAUAAAACAUCUAUAACUUGUACUAACAUUUUUCUUUUAAGAACUACAAGUCUUUCUAUCCAUGGAUCGCUUUAACAGAAUGUUAAUAAUGUUAAUGCCAUCUUGUUGAUUUAUUGUUAUAAUAAACACAGUCCUUAUGUACUGUA